CGGUACCCCGUCACCUUGGCAGCCCAGGCCGUCUGCGCCGUCGCCCAGGUCUUCAUCCUGGGGCUGCCCUCGCGCAUCGCCUCCGUCUGGUUCGGCCCCACCGAGGUCUCCACCGCCUGCGCCGUGGCCGUGCUGGGCAACCAGCUUGGCACUGCAAUUGGCUUUUUGUUGCCACCUGUUUUGGUUCCAAAUACACCUAACGAUAUCAAUCUAAUGGCACAUAACAUCAGCAUCAUGUUCUAUGGAACAGCGAUAGUGUCCACGCUUUUGUUCUUCUUAACAGGAGUCGUGUUUGAAGAAAAGCCCAAAUACCCUCCUAGUCACUCUCAAGCAGUCCUGCAAACUAUGCCUCCCGAGGAUUACUCCUACAAGCAGUCGAUUAUUAACUUGUUCAAAAAUAUUCCAUUUGUACUUCUGCUGAUCAGUUACGGUAUUAUGACUGGGGCAUUUUAUUCUGUCUCCACGUUAUUAAACCAGAUGAUAGUAACUCAUUAUGAGGGAGAAGAAGUGAACGCUGGGAGAAUUGGCUUGACACUGGUGGUGGCAGGAAUGGUGGGUUCGAUUAUUUGUGGUUUGUGGCUGGAUUACACUAAAACAUACAAGCAAACUACUUUGAUUGUUUACAUCCUCUCUUUCAUUGGGUUGCUGGUAUUUACUUUCACCCUGGACCUCGGAUACCUUAUAGUAGUGUUCGUGACUGGAGGAGUACUUGGGUUCUUCAUGACUGGCUAUCUCCCACUUGGGUUUGAAUUUGCUGUGGAAAUUACAUACCCAGAGUCUGAAGGCACUUCCUCAGGUCUCCUUAAUGCAUCAGCACAGAUAUUUGGAAUUGUCUUUACACUUGUUCAAGGAAAACUCACAACAGACUACAGUCCUCGUGCAGGAAACCUCUUUCUUUGUGCUUGGAUUUUUGUGGGCAUUAUCUUAACAGCCUUAAUAAAAUCAGAUUUGCGAAGACAUAAUGUGAAUUCAGGGAUUAUGAACUUGGAUGUUAAAGCUGUACCAGUUGACAGUCCUGUAGAACUUGAAAGUACUACAUUAAAAAUUCAGUCGGCUUUAUAA